GGAAAUUUAUGUAUUUGAUCAAUUUUUUUGCUGAUUACAAUUUGUUUGGAUAUAAUAAUGAUAUUUGACAAGUAAUAAUAUUCAAGUUCACAACUUAAGUAAAAAAAAAAGGUUAGAACAAAGAACAGGGACAAGGUAAACAUAAAGCUGUCCUUAUGAUCCCUCAUCAGAUCCUCCUCCAACGUUGUUCCAAACAAAGUUUCAUCUUUUGAUGCCUUUGGUUUCCUGGGUACUGCUUUGACCAACAUCUAAAUUUCGUACAACUCGUUUUUCCUUCCUCCACUCUCUAAUUUUGUAUUUCUCAUCAAAAUCAUUAUUUUUGCCUCAACUUUGACUUUGAGUUUCCGGGUUUCCCUGUAAGGCAUCUCUGUUUCCAAUUUUCAUAUUCAUCAAAUUCAAACCUCCUUUGUAAUUUUAUGUGAUUUUUAUUUUUUGUAUUCUUCAGAUUGUAUAAUCUCUUUUGUUCCUUAGUAAUAUACUUUUCUUGUAUUGAGUGGAAACAAAUACUAUAGUAGUUAUCACAAGGAAGUUAAUAUUGUUGUAUAUUGCAUAGUUUCCUCACAGAUCAUAACACCCCUUGAUCAUUUCUCUUACUGUAUACUGCAGCUAUAUAUACCUACCUGAAUUUUCAUCCAAUACUAAUUUUUUUCUUCUCUAUUUUUGGGGUACCACAAUUUUUUUUUUUUUUUGUGUCAAUAUUUUAUUUAUUGUACAACAAAUAGAGUAGCAGUGCUACUCUGAAAUUUUUGUUUGUACCUCAACUUGAGACAAUUUGAUAUCUAUAUUUGUACCUUAAGGAAAUUUGCCAUUUGGCAGAAAACCAAUAUUGUUUUUUUGUAUACUUAGUAGAUGCCUAGGCUGCAGUCACAAUGUCGAUUAUCUGCGGCUUGCCUCUUGUUGAGUGCGUGUAUUGUUUAGCUUGCGUUCGUUGGGCGUGGAAAAGAUGUCUCCACACUGCAGGCCAUGAUAGUGAAACUUGGGGAUUUGCCGCAACACAAGAAUUUGAGCCUGUCCCACGUCUUUGUCGCUAUAUUUUAGCUGUGUAUGAAGACGAUCUUCGAAACCCUCUUUGGGCGCCUCCUGGUGGCUAUGGAAUCAACCCUGAUUGGUUAUUACUUAGAAAGACGUACAAAGAUACAAGAGGACGGGCUCCACCGUAUAUAUUGUAUCUUGAUCAUGAUCAUGCUGAUAUAGUUCUUGCUAUAAGGGGACUAAAUUUGGCAAGGGAAAGUGAUUAUGCUGUUCUGUUAGAUAAUAAAUUGGGGAAGAGAAAGUUUGAUGGGGGGUAUGUUCACAAUGGGCUGUUAAAGGCUGCUGGAUGGGUUAUGGAUGCGGAGUGUGAAAUUUUGAGGGAAUUAGUAGAGAAGUAUCCAAAUUAUACUCUUACUUUUGCUGGACAUUCCCUUGGAUCAGGAGUAGCUGCAGCAUUGAGCAUGGUGGUUGUGCAGAAUCGAGAUAGACUUGGAAAUAUUGAGAGGAAGAGAGUCAGGUGCUAUGCUAUUGCUCCUGCUAGAUGUAUGUCACUUAAUUUGGCAGUCAGAUAUGCAGAUGUCAUAAACUCUGUCGUGCUUCAGGAUGACUUUUUACCAAGGACAGCCACCCCGUUGGAAGAUAUAUUCAAGUCUCUUUUCUGUUUGCCAUGCUUAUUGUGCUUAAGGUGCAUGAGGGAUACAUGUAUACCAGAGGAGAAGAUGCUAAAAGAUCCAAGGAGACUCUAUGCACCUGGUCGCUUGUAUCACAUUGUUGAGAGAAAGCCUUUCAGAUUGGGAAGGUUUCCUCCAGUUGUGAGAACAGCAGUGCCAGUAGAUGGAAGGUUCGAGCAUAUCGUCCUUUCUUGCAAUGCUACGUCAGAUCAUGCCAUUAUUUGGAUAGAGAAAGAAGCCCAAAGGGCUUUGGAUUUGAUGAUGGAGAAAGAUAAUACCAUGGAAGUACCUGCAAAGCAAAUCAUGCAGCGUCAGAAAACAAUGACAAGACACGGCCAAGAAUACAAAGCUGCAUUACAAAGAGCGAAAACAUUAGACAUUCCACAUGCUUUUACGCCACCAUCAGAAUAUGGAACUUUUGAUGAGGAGGGAGAGGAGAGUUCAAGGUCAGAGGCCGAGUCUUCUGUUAGUUCAACAAAUAGGAGUACGGUUAACGAAAGCUGGGAUGUGUUGAUUGAGCGUCUUUUUGAUAAGGAUGAGCAUGGUCACAUGGUGCUGAAGAGAUGAAUGAUGAUCAUGUAAUUUAUGUGUAGUUUACACUGCCUAUAGAUAUUAUAUUUUGGAAAGAUGACCAACUCAGCAAUGCAUUCAAUGAAUAAAGUGAAAUUUGCAUUUCUAGUUUCGCUUACAUCUCUGAAAGCUGAGUACAAUUUCUCCUAUUUAUUAACAUAUUCAUUCAGAAAUGUAUCAUCAUAGGCAUAGCACCCUGCAAUGAAUGGAAAAUGGAGUACCCUUAUUUACAAGACAAAAACUGUAAUUGCAUCAGACACAAUUCUAUAGUAGUUUCUUUAAAUCCUUGAACAACUGUACAAUCUUGUAAAAGAUCUCUUAUGUUGAACUAUAUUCCAGAAAAAUCAUUUAAGUUUCAUCCA